AAAAUUGAGAAACUGAACCAAAAGGCUCCAAAUCAAUCCUUCAAAAGCUGGAGAGAGAAGAGCGAGGACAUCAGCAGUUCCGUCAAGCAAGGCACAACUUUUGUCGUGUGUGCCAUAUGUCUUGAAACCCUACAGGAGGACGAUACAAUUCGCCUGCUAUCAUGCGCGCAUAUUUUUCAUUCUCUGUGUUUGGCAAAAUGGUUUUUGAAGAGACAUGAUACAUGUCCACUUUGUAAGGCCUGUUUUAUGUCUUCGUCGGAGAAAUCUCCAAAGCCUUUGCAGAUUCCAGAAAGAACACAUACCCGAUGA